AUGCAUGGUAGAAGAUCCUUGCAUCCAAGGCUAGAAAAUCCUUUCAUUAUUUCAUUCAAAACUAAAAAUCCGAAAGAAAAAUUAAUUUUGAUAGAUCUUGAAGAAAGUACAGGUCAAACUGAGAAAAAUCUUAUGGCCAUGAAAAAUUAUUAUAUCCCUGAUUCAUUUCAAAGAGCAUCCAAUAUUAGAGUCCCAUUAGCACCCAAUGUUAAAUUCGAAAUAAAUCCAGGAAUUUUUCAAAUGCUCCCUAAUUUUCAUGGAUUGCCUUUAGAGGAACCUCAUCAGCACUUAGAAAAAUUUCAUAUGGUCUGUGAUUUAGUUAAUCUCCCUCAAGUUACACCGGAAAUUAUUAAGAUGAAAUUGUUCCCUCAUACACUUUGGGACAAAGCUAGCCAUUGGCUAUCCACAUUAGAUAGAGAAUUAACUAGCUGGAAAGACAUAGAACAGGCCUUUCUUCGAAAAUUUUAUCCCUUAGGAAAAACUCAAAAUAUGAGAAAACAUAUAUGGAAUUUUUCUCAAAGACCAGGAGAAACUUUACAUAAGACAUGGGAAACAUUCAAAGAUUUACUUAGAAAGUGUCCUCAGCAUGCUAUACCCAAGUGGCAGCUCAAUAGAAUUUUUUAUGAUGGAUUAUUAGAACAAUAUAGAAAUAUGGUUGAUUCUAUAUGUGGAGGAGCUUUUAUGGAGAAAACCCCUAAUGAGAUUUACAGUCUUUAUGAGAAUUUAAGUGAAAAUUCUAGAGAUCAAGCCUCUUUUGAAUUAUAUGACAGGGAUAAGAAGAGAGGAAUUCAUGAAUUGCAUCAUGAUAAUGAAUCUAAACUUAGAAAUGAGGUUAAUCAGAUUAAUCAAAGAUUAGAAAAACUUGAUUUACUUAUUGACAAUAUUAGAAAGCCUCUUAACCCUCAAUUUAAUUCAAAUAGUACAGAUCCUAUGUAUGGUGAAAAUGAUCAUUUCGAAUUUCAAUAUCAUCCUAGGCAAAAACAAGUACAGGUACCUCACGAUUUUAGUAAAAAUAGGGAAUAUUUUUCUAAUUCUUAUAAUCCUAAUUGGGAGAAUAAUUUUUCAUGGCGAAACCCAAAUAAUAUUCAAAAUCUAGAAGCACUUAGAUCCAAUUCAAACUCUGAAUUUCGUCCAGAACAAGAAAACAGAUUUUAG